CCUUAACUUAGUUAACGCUGCUUGCUUUCCUCCAAAGAAAAUAAUAAGAGUGAGGUAAUUAUUAAACUUUUGAGGAGGGUCGACUGCGGAGAUUAUAGAAAAUGGCUGGAGGCGGCGGAGGAAGGAGUCUGGAGCAGACGCCAACAUGGGCUGUUGCGGUCGUUUGUUUCAUUCUCGUCGCCAUCUCCAUUGUUAUCGAAUAUAUUAUCCACUUAAUAGCAAAGUGGCUGCAAUCCAGACAUAAAAGAGCUCUAUAUGAAGCACUGGAGAAGGUCAAAUCAGAGUUGAUGCUUUUGGGGUUUAUAUCACUGCUGCUAACAGUGGGACAAGGGCCAAUAUCAGAAAUAUGCAUAUCAGAGGAGGUUGCUGCCACGUGGCACCCAUGUAACAAGAAACAAGAGGCUAAGAAGUACCCUUUGGAGAAAGUCGAUGGCGAGAGCCGCCGGAGACUUCUCAUGGAUGGCAGCGAUGCUGACAGCUACCGAAGAAUCUUGGCUGCUGGCGCACCGGACAAAUGCGCGGCCAAGGGAAAGGUGGCAUUUAUAUCUUCGGAUGGUAUUCAUCAACUGCAUAUUUUCAUAUUUGUUUUGGCUAUUUUUCACGUCCUCUAUUGCAUUACCACCCUGGCUUUGGGAAGAGCUAAGAUGAGACGUUGGAAAGCAUGGGAAAAAGAAACCAAAACAGUGGAAUACCAAUUUUCUCACGAUCCAGAGAGAUUUAGGUUUGCAAGAGAAACAUCAUUUGGGAGGAGGCACUUGAGCUUCUGGAGCAAAACGCCACUUCUCUUGUGGAAUGUUUGCUUCUUUAGACAAUUUGUAAGAUCAGUUCCAAAAGUCGACUAUUUGACUUUGCGCCAUGGAUUUAUUAUGGCACAUUUAGCACCACAAAGCCAUGCUAACUUUGAUUUUCAAAAGUACAUAAAUAGGUCACUUGAAGAGGACUUCAAGGUGGUCGUCGGAAUUAGUCCACCCAUUUGGUUUCUGGCAGUCCUAUUCUUACUUUUCAAUACCCAUGGCUGGUAUUCUUAUCUUUGGCUGCCCUUCCUACCCUUAUUCAUAAUACUGUUGGUGGGGACGAAAUUACAAGUGAUAAUUACAAAAAUGGGGCUUAGAAUUCAAGAACGCGGCGAAGUGGUGAAGGGUGUUCCAGUAGUUGAACCAGGAGAUGACCUUUUUUGGUUCAAUCGUCCCCAUCUACUUCUUUAUCUUAUUAAUUUUGUGCUUUUUCAGAAUGCAUUUCAGCUUGCCUUCUUCGCAUGGAGCUGGUAUGAAUUCGGGAUGAGAACAUGUUUCCAUGAACAUGUAGAGGAUAUCAUCAUCAGAAUGGCAAUGGGGAUUCUCAUACAGAUCCUCUGCAGCUAUGUCACACUCCCUCUCUACGCUCUUGUGACCCAGAUGGGAACAAGUAUGAAGCCAACAAUAUUCAACGACAGAGUAGCAACGGCCCUACGAAACUGGCACCACACGGCGAAGAAGCAUGUGAAGCAAAACAAGCAUUCGCGCGCGGGAACGCCGACGUCGAGCCAGCCCGUGACGCCGUCGCAUGGGUUAUCGCCAGUCCACCUCCUCCGCUACCAUCCCAGCGAAACGGACAGUCCCCAAAUGACCACGACAAACCCCAAUUACUACUACGGAGAGCACAGCGACACCGAGCCCGAGGCCUCCUCGCCCUCCCCGCCUCGAGCGGCCUACAUUGAACAACACCAACGCGAUUACCAACAUGAGAUCGAUAUCCGUACUGUCACGCCAAAUGAGUUUUCUUUUGAUAAGGCGGCUAGUAAUAGUAAUAGUAAUAGUAUACGAGAGAUUUAAGGACUUCACUAUUUUGUAUUCAGCUCCUACUAUUAUAAUUGUAAAGUUGGACAAUAUGGAAUCUUUUUUCUAA